CUGUGUGUUUUGUACAUGAAAUCGUGCGCUGAGGAGUCGAGUGUAUUAUCUUUUACAUUCAGAAAAGAAAAGGAAAGCGAUGUUGUUCACAUAACCAUCAUAUUUAUUUUGCAGAAACCUGACCGACGAAGAAAAAAUGGCGUCUAGUGCAAUGCUGAAGGACAAGAUGCAGCUUCAGUUUGAAGACAAAUGGGAAGGAAUGCGACCCACUGUACUUAAACUACUCAGGCAGGAGAAUGUUAGCAAAGCAGAGUGGCAGGAUCUCUUCUGGGAUGUUCAUUCAGUAUGUCUUUGGGAUGAGAAAGGAGCGUUAAAAGUUCAUGCAGCUUUAGUGGAUGAUAUCAAAGAAUUUGUCCAUCAAGCCAAGGCGCGAGUAUUACGGGAUCAAGAAAACACUGCGUUACUGAAGGCUUACAUCAGUGAAUGGAGUAAGUUUUUCACUCAGUGUAACUACCUUCCGAAGCCCUUCGGCCCUCUAGAGACGGCACUGACACAGAUGAGCGCUGGUUCUCAACAGAAGAAGAAUGUACAAAAUGAAGACACUAUAGUGAGAAAGUUAAUGCUAGAGAGUUGGAACGACCACAUCUUCAACAACAUCAAGCAACGCUUACAAGACAGUGCUAUGAAACUGGUGCUAGCAGAGAGGAACGGAGAGGCCUUUGAGAAACAGCUGGUCAUCGGAGUCAGGGAGUCGUACGUUAACCUAUGCUCAAAUGUUGACGACCGAUUGCAAAUUUAUCGCGAUAACUUUGAAAGAGCGUACCUUGAAGCUACUGAUACGUUUUACAAGAGAGUCGGACCGGAAUACCUGCUGGAUAAUGGUGUGCAAAACUUCAUGAAAUUUGCUGAGAAUAAAUUGAAAGAAGAAGAAAUGAGAGCUCAGAGGUAUCUAGAAAUCUGCAAAGGUAGCAACUCCAAAGUGGCAUUGUCAGAAUGUUGCGUUCAAGCCUUAGUGAGCUCGUUCAAGGAAGAGAUUCUCAGAGAAUGUGCUCCUAUGAUCAAGAGUAAUGAAACAGAAAAGCUCCAUUUGAUGUUCCGGUUAAUGGACAGAGUACCUGACGGAAUCAACCCAAUGUUAAGAGAUCUAGAACACCAUAUAAUGGAGGCUGGUCUGGCGGACAUGGUAGCUGCUGCAGAUAUCAUCACAUCGGAUUCCGAGAAGUACGUGGAGCAACUGCUAGAGUUAUUCACUCGGUUUAGUACACUGGUCCGAGAUGCGUUCAAUGAUGACCCGAGAUUCCUCACGUCACGAGAUAAGGCUUACAAACAUGUAGUUAACGACACAAAAGUCUUCAGACUCGAUCUUCCAGCUAAAAGUAAAAGUAUAAGUAGUAAGACGCAGCCCGAGUCAAAGUGUCCAGAACUUCUUGCCAAUUACUGCGACCUACUCCUUAGGAAAACCCCCCUCAGUAAGAAACUUACAUCGGAAGAGAUCGAGAUGAAACUCAGGAAUGUGCUAUUGGUACUGAAGUAUGUGCAGAACAAAGACGUGUUUAUGCGUUAUCACAAAGCCCACCUGACGAGGAGGUUAAUAUUGGAUACAUCGGCAGACAGUGAGAAGGAAGAAAACAUGGUGGAAUGGCUAAGGGAGGUCGGCAUGCCAGCGGACUACGUCAACAAACUUGCAAGAAUGUUUCAAGACAUCAAAGUCAGCGAAGAUCUCAACCAGGCUUUUAAGGAGCUCCAUAGGAAUAAUUAUGACAGUGUAGCAGACAAUAUCAACAUCAAGAUCCUGAACGCCGGUGCUUGGUCGAGGAGCUGUGAACGAGUCCCUGUGUCACUUUCUCUAGAACUAGAAGAUUUUAUCCCCGAAGUUGAAGAGUUCUAUCGCAAUAAGCACAGCGGGCGCAAGCUCCAGUGGCAUCACCUCAUGUCAAAUGGCAUAAUCACAUUUAGGAAUGAAAUUGGUGUGUUUGACCUGGAGGUCACAACCUUUCAGAUGGCAGUACUCUUCGCUUGGAAUCAGAGACCGAAAGACAGGAUUACGCUGGAGAAUCUGCGCCUAGCGACGGAGCUUCCGGACAGUGAGUUAAGGAAAACGUUAUGGUCCCUUGUAGCGUUCGUCAAGAUGAAACGGCAGGUUGUUAUCUGUCAUCCUGAAGCUAAGUCUCCAAAAGAUUUUACGGACGCUAGCGUGUUUUGGUUCAAUCAACAGUUUGCCGUGAUUAAGAAUGGAAAGCCACAGAAGAGGGGUAAGAUCAAUCUGAUUGGUCGAUUACAACUGAACACGGAGAGGAGCGCUGAGGACGAGAAGGAAGGCAUCGUACAACUCAGAAUACUCAGAACUCAGGAGGCAAUCGUCAAGAUAAUGAAGAUGAGAAAGAAGAUAACGAAUGCUCAGCUUCAGACAGAGCUGGUUGAGAUCUUGAAGAACAUGUUCCUCCCUCAGAAGAAGAUGAUCAAGGAGCAGAUAGAAUGGCUGAUCGAGCAUAAAUACAUGAAACGAGAGGAGAACAAUAUCAAUACCUUCAUUUACCUUGCAUAGUACACCUCUCCUGAUUGGACAGUUAACCUUUUGUCUUGAAAUUACAGCCAGUCAGUGUGUUUGUAACUGAUUGAGUGCAGUCGCCGAUACCUUCAUUUUGUUUUGCUUAGUACACCUUUCCUGAUUGGACAGUUAACCUUUUGUCCUGGAGUCAUAGCCAAUCUGGUGUUUUGUAACAGAGUGAAUACAGUCACUGACACCUUUAUAUAUCUCCCAUAGUACACCUUUCCUGAUUGGACAGUUAACCUUUUGUCUUGGGAUCAUUAGCCAAUAAUAAGGUGGUUUGUAACUGAUUGAGCAUGAAUGCAUCUACAUUUUUAUAGUAUCUUGCGUAGUAUCGCUACUUCAGAUUGGGCAGUCGAGUUGAUUGACAUGGGAUAUUGAUUAAUCACGACGGCUAGAAUUCAAAAGAAGGUUGCUCAUUGGCCUGUCCUUUGCGUUGUGCGUGUAGCUAUGUGUUUUCACCAUUGUAGGAGCCAUGUUACAUUAUGCAAUUUACCCUCCACUAUUUUCAGUGACCCCCUCACUUAUUCACAAUAUCACCACUUCACUUUGGAGACGCGUCGAAAAUCUUUCAUUUUGUGUUUUUCAUCAACAGUUUCCUUGCCCUCUUUAUUUAUCAAGACCUCCCAAUUUCAACCCUAUUUCCAAGGAUAAUUGAUCUCGCAGUGGCAAUUUCCCCCCCCCCCCCACUUGUUUCAAUCGUUUGAAAUGAUUAAAGAAAACUACUGUAUUGGUCCAAAUAAUAAUAUGUACAAUUCGUAAAACUAUUUAAGAGCCUAUUUCAGUUUGCUGAUUAGAGUUGUCUUCAUUGAAUGGGGUGCUCAACACGGAUCUUUGGUGCUUUGAAAAAAAAAGGAAUAUUUGUUUUAGAACAAGGGCUGACCUAAAUGUACCGUACACAUGGUGUAGGCUUU